AUGUACUUGGUAGAGACGGCGACGCAGCGGUUUGCGCGCGAGCGCCACGAGUUUCUCGGACGGCGGUCUUUGGAGCAGCGGUGCUGUGAGGACGCUGUCGUGGAGUCAGAGCCCCCCGCGCCGGUGCAGUUCUUCCCUGACAUCAGUGGGUGGGAUAUUCUGGAGAUCCAGGAGUGGACGGGCGAGGUGGCGCUGCGGCCGGCAUCUGUUUGGUCAGUGGGCGCAAUUAACACGUUCUACCACCUGCUGGAGCGGCUGUCGAACGACAAGCAGCGGUUUGGCAACCUGCGCGGGUUUGCUCUGUUCACGAAUGCGUCGAUCUCGUCGCUGAUCAACAUCGCGAACCGGUCGUUCGGGUUUGACAACUGGAGCAGCGGGCUCGUGGAGGAGUCUGCGCGCGUGGUGCGGUACAAAAAACAGGAAUUUGACGACGAACGAGAGACCCGGUACGGGAUCGAGUACUCGAUCGAGACCCGGCUCAUGUUGGCAGAUGGCACCGUGACAUGCAAAACGGGCUAUGGGGUGUCGCAAUUCAUGCCUUCCAAAGCUUUGGCGUUUUCGGUCGCCAAAAAACAGGCGGCCACAGACGGUCUGAAGGCAUGUUUCUACUCGCUUGUGGCUCUUUUGGAAGAGUACGAACAAAAAUUGGUUGACGGGUACUACCUGUGA